AUGAGGGAAAUAAUCUCAUUACAUAUUGGAUAAGGAGGUGUUUAAUUAGGGAAUUCUUGUUGGGAAUUGCUUUGUUUAGAAUAAGGGAUUUAAUCUAAUGGAUUAAUUAAAAAAGAAAUAAAAAAUUAAGAGGAAUAUGGUGAAGUUUUUAAAUUCUUCACAGAAAAUAAAGAAGGAAACUAUUCUCCUAGAUCUUUAUUUAUAGACUCAGAAUCAAAAGCAGUAUAAAAAGUGAAAUAUGGAGCAAAUAGGGAAUUAUUUAGACCAAAUUAAUUUAUAUAUGGUAAAGAAGAUGCUUCAAAUAAUUUUGCUAGGGGACAUUAUUAAAUUGGAAAAGAAUACAUAGAUAUAAGCUUAGAUAGAUUAAGAAAAUUAGUUGAAGAUUGUUCAUGUCAAUAAGGAAUAGUUUUAUUUAAUUCAGUAGGUGGAGGUACAGGUUCAGGUUUAGGCGCCUUAUUAUUAGAAAGAUUGUCAGAUGAUUAUUCAAAGUAAAUUAAAAUGGGAAUCAAUAUUUACCCAUCUCCUUUAAAUGGAACUGCUGUAGUUGAACCUUAUAAUGUAAUUUUGGCAACUUAAUAUUUAUAAGAGUUGGCAGAUUUUUGCAUUCUUUUAGAUAAUCAAGCCAUUUAUGAAAUUUGUAAUAAGAUUCUUGAUAUUGAAUGUCCUAGUCAUACCAAUUUAAAUACACUUACAGCAUAAGUUUACUCUUCUUUAACUGCUGCUUUAAGAUUUAAUGGAUCUCUAUUUUCAGAUAUUACAGAAUUUUAAACUAACCUAAUUCUACAUCCUCUUCUUCAUUUUAUGUUAUGUUCUUACUCACCUAUUUUAUCAAAUUGGAAAACUUGUUUUUAAUAACCAAAAACUAAUGAUAUUUCAAUUUAAGUAUUUGAACCAUAAAGUAUGAUGGUUAAAUGUAAUACUUUAUAGGGAAAAUUUAUGGCUUGUUCAAUAUUAUAUAGAGGGGAUGUCAUUCCAAGGGAUGUUCAUUCAUCAAUUACCGAUUUAAAAGGCAAAUCAACAAUUUAAUUUGUUGAUUGGUGCCCAAUUAAUUUUAAAGUAGGUAUUACUUACAAAGAUCAUUGCAUAAUUCAAGAUGGAGAAAUAGCAAAAGUUGUCCGAUCAGCCUGUAUGAUUUCCAAUACAACAGCUAUUUAUGAUAUUUUCCCAAAAUUCGCCAAUAGUUUUGAUUAAAUGUUUGCUAAAAGGGCUUUUGUUCAUUGGUAUUGA